AUGUUUAUCUACGUUCCCUUCGAGCUUCCAUUCUUUGCUUUGAAUCCCGAACUGAACGUUGUAGCUCCUUGUAGAGCAUGGGACAUAACCGGCAGAGAAGAAGCUAUUGAGUAUGCUAAGAAGCAUAAUGUUCCUGUCCCAGUGACAAAGAAAUCUAUAUACAGCAGAGAUGGGAACUUAUGGCAUCUAAGCCACGAGGACUUCCAGUUUCGGUCAACGGGAAGGAGCUGUCACCAGCUUUACUGCUCUCUGAGCUCAACCAAAUUGGUGGAAGACAUGGGAGUUGGCCGUGUUGACAUGGUUGGCAUGAAAAGCCGAGAAAUGUAUGAUACUCCUGGUGGUACAAUCUUGUUCAAUGCAGUACGCGAGCUGGAGUCCUUAACUCUGGAUAGAGAAAUGAUGCAAGUUAAAGAUUCAUUGGCCAUCAAAUAUGCAGAGCUCGUGUAUGCAGGUAGGUGGUUCAACCCUCUUCGGGAAUCCAUGGAUGCAUUCAUGGAGAAAACCACCGAAACAACAACAGGUUCAGUGACUGUAAAGUUAUACAAAGGCUCAGUUACAGUAACUAGCAGGAAGAGUCCAGACCGUCUGUAUAGCUAA